AUGCGUGGCGCACUCGUGCAACAGCUCGGAGUCGCAAGCGACCAGCGCUUGCGCUACGUUAAGAUUUCUGGUGAGGGUCCUGAGCAUGGCUGGGUAAGCCUCCAAGCUUCUGGCAAGCAACUUCUGAAAAAAGUCGACGCAAUUGUGACGGCAAUGCUGUGCGUCCGGUCGUUGCGCAAUCCGGCAUCGAUCCUUUGCAUUGGGGACUCCUUGACUGCUGGUGGAUAUCCUGCACUGCUCCAGAACUUGCUGACUGUGGAUUCGGGUGUGCCGGCUGUGGUGACUGACUUCGGUGUCCGUGGCGCGUCGGUACUACCCAUGCCUGGUGGGCCAUGCGUUGCAUAUUCCAGCUUAGUUCGGCUGGAUGCGGAAUUGCACCGGAACCCCCCCGAUGCGGUAGUUAUCAUGCUUGGCACGAACGACGCGCGGACGGGCCACUGGGAUGCAGAGGCGUUUCAGACGGAGUACCGGGCGCUUCUGCACAGACUUGGGGGAUUGGAGCUCGAAGAUGGCUGUGGCAGCCGACGGUUGGUGCUCAUAGCUGUGCCUCCGAGGGUCACUUCCAAUGCCUGGGGCAUUGAUGUGGGCAUUGCCGAGACCGACCUCCCACUUGCUGUGCAAGCGGUGUCAGAAAGGAUGGGGAUGCCCCUCAUCAACUUGCGGGAAGUUCUGGAGCCAAUAGAUUUGUUCGUUUCGGAUGGAGUACAUCUUUCGCAGGUGUUCGUGACGUGCGUGCCCAGCAUCUCCGUAAAAGUAGGAAUGUUGCGGAAGGCAUGCCUUCUACGCUUUGCCGUUCCGGGUGGCAAACCCCUGGGUGGAUACGACCGCAGUGCUCCCACAGGUGUCAAAGUGCAGAUGGCAGACGGCGAGGGCUCGAUCUUAGAGAAGUCCUACUCGCCGAUCUCGCAUCCUGCACAGGUUGGGUUCUUUGACUUGCUCGUCCGCUCAUAUCCUCCAAGACCUGGGGGAGGUCUGGGAGCAUAUCUAUGUGGACUCAAACCAGGGCAAAGUGCCCUGAUGAAAGUCAAACCGGAAAGCUUCAGCAUCAUGGCCGGUGCACCGCUUCGGCCAGGCCGCUUUGAUCACCUGGGUCUUGUGGCGGCUGGCACUGGUCUGGCACCGCUGCUGCAGGUCGCUGUUGAAGCUCUCUCAUGGAGAGAUGGCACCCGGGUCUCGCUGAUUCUUGCCUGCCGCACCCAAGCCGAGAUUCUCAUGCGCGAGGAAUUGGAGAAGUUGGCUGCAAGUCCAGCCGUCAACGUUUGGUUCCAGUUGAGCCGACCAGGACCUGAUUGGCCAGCUGAGAGAAGUGGCCGCCUGUCCAAAGCUGUGUUGGAGCAAUGUCUGCCUUCACCAGACUCGCGCUGCAUGAUUCUGGUAUGCGGCACGGACGGCUUUGUGGAGAGCAUGGCCGGGCCCAUCGAACGCAUCAAGCUGCCUGAGGGCGGGAAGAGGAAGAUGCAGGGCAAGCUCGGUGGUUUGCUCGCCGAGUUGGGAUACGCCGCUUGCCAGGUUCACAAGUUCUGA